UGUCAGAGCAGCCCUAGGGCUUGCUCAGAGCAGGAGCACCCUGCGCGUUGAGGCAUUUGUCAGUGGGCAGCCGCACACUGACAGGAGCCUUGUUUGUUCUAGUGUUGGAGCACAGCGUGCAAACUUGCACAGCAGUGCUACAAUGAUUCAGCAGCUUGCUGCUGCAGUGGUUACUACAUAUGGCAUUACUUAUUCUGCCUAUUUUCUGACUCACGUGGCACGUCAACUGAAGCAUGUAUUCAGAGGUGCUGAUCAUGAGGUGACUGAACCAACAGCCAUCUCUCCUCUGGCCCCCUCUGCUCCUGCAGAAGAAGCCCAAGAGGAGCAAAUUGAGGGAUAUGACCGCGAGCCUCUAUCGCCGGUCACACCAGAGACGGAAUAUUCCGAGCCUGUCCUUGUAGAGAAAGAGCCAGAGCAGAUUGCUUUAUCAGAGGUGCCAUGCCAGGCUCAGGGAGAGCUGUUCCCAGCCCGAGAGCAGGAAGAGCAGCUCAGGCAGCAGGUGGAAGAGCCACAGCAGAAUGGCCAGGACAUCAAGUCAAAGCCCCAAGCAGAGCUGCCCGAAGCUCAGAGUGCCAUCAUGGCAGUGAAGAGGAAGCAGGAAGACAUGAGAAGAAUUCAAAAGGAGCACAGGGGGAAUCAACAAAAACAGGUGAGUGAAAGAGUGGCAGCCACUCCACUCAGGAAACGUCCUCUCCCUCCUUGUUUACAGAACAUCAAGGAAUGCCUGCAGGCAGAGCUGCAGAAAACUGAAGAUAAGAUCAAGGCUUGGGAGAAGAGACUGGAGGAAGAAAUGAAAAUUGUCAGAGAGAACGCUAAUCCCCUCCCUCAGGCUCUACAAAAGCAAGUGCAAGUGUUGACAUCUCACCUGGCAGCCUGCGAAGAUUUCCAGCGAAUGUCUGGCAAUGAAGGGCCCCAAGGUCGACGUGAGGCACAGGUACCAUCCCCACCAGAAGUGCUGAAGUUUGAGCAUGACCUGAAGAUGAUGCAGGAAAAGAGGACACAGUGGGAGCAGAUCUACACGGGCUCUGUGACCAAACCUGCUGCAGCAGCAGCAUUGCCUAAAGGAGCCUUUGCUCCCCGACCUGAGAAGUGGAGCCGAGGCAAUUUGUUCAUCUCCCGUGCUGACCCAGCUGCUGCUCAGCAACAGGAGAUCAAGGAUGACUCCCUGGAGCUACUGAGGAAAAUAGUGAACAUGGAAAACCCCACAAUGAAAUACACGGAACUGGACUAUAUUGGCAGUGGGACUUUUGGAGAUGUUUGCAGAGCACUCAACAAUGCCACAGGAGGAGAGGUGGCCAUAAAGAAAAUAGAUCUUCAAGGACUGAGGAAGAAGGAACUAAAAGUCAAUGGACUCAUGGUCAUGAAGAUGAACAGGAAUCCCCACCUGGUCAAGUAUUUAGACAGCUACCUUGUGGAUGAUCAGUUCUGGCUGGUUAUGGAGUACAUGGAUGGAGGCACUCUGAGCAAUGUCAUCAGCAAGUGCUACCUGUCUGAGGAUGAGAUGGCAGCCAUCAGUCGGGAGUGCCUGCGAGCACUGGAUUUUCUUCACUCAAACCACAUGAUCCACCGAGAUGUGAAGAGCCGCAACAUCCUUCUCAGAACCAACGGCUCUGUCAAGCUGGGUGACUUUGGCCUCUUUGCUCAGCUCCCCCCUGAGCAGAGUAGACGGAGCUCCAUGGCCGGCACUUCUGGGUGGAUGGCGCCUGAAGUGGUGACAGGUCAACCAUAUGGCCCCAAAGUGGACAUAUGGUCUUUUGGAAUCGUGGGCAUUGAAAUGGUGGAACGAGAAGUUCCUUGCUGGAAUGAAACUCCUGGCACGCCUCAACUCAUGAUAGCCACAGGAGGGAAACAAAAGCUGCGGCAGCCCAACCUGUUUUCUCCUUGCCUGCGUGACUUCCUGAGCUGCUGCCUGCAGACAGACGAGGCACGGCGCUGGUCUGCCAAGAAUCUCCUGCAGCAUCCAUUUAUAACAUCAGCUGAGCCUGUGUCCACCCUGGCACCACUCAUCAACUCAGUGAAGAGGAGGAUGGAGAAGCUAACAGUGAUAUAAUCACAUCAAGACCAUUUACUGCAUAACUAUUUUAGAGUAGGAUUGUAGAGUAGGAUUUAGAGUAGGAUUAUGUGGAGAAAAAACAAAGAACUCCGUACAAUUCAAAGCAAUUCCAGGAAAAGCCAUUUACUGUACUUCUAAAUAUUGUUUACAUGGAGUUCUUGAUUUGUUCUCCAUAGUCACCCAUUGUUUGAUAGGUUGCUUCGCUUUGUCCAUGAAUCUCUUGAUUGGUAGCUCUAUUUUGUUGAUGAAACAAGCAUGCAUCUUUUUUUUAAUCUAAUUGAUAGAUGCUGUAAGGGUCAUUUUUUUGGGGGGUUGAUAACCAUUUUUCUGUCAGCAACUUUUCUGCUUCUUCUUUCUGCUCACAAUCAGCAAUCAACUUUUCAUCCACAAAGAUGAAUGCAUCUUUAUUACAAAAAAUGACCUCGUUCUUUAGUUCCAGAAGGUUAGGCUGGUUUGUUAAGUAGCUGUCCAAUUUUUCGGUAAACAUGACCCUAUUUAGGACUUAGGAUUAUAGAGUAGGAUUGUAAAUAAAUAAAGUUUCUGAAACUUUAA